CGGAUAGGCCGAGCUUGCGAACGUGGGGCUAUCCUCGCCAUUCUCGGAUUGCCCUCCAAGUACUCACAGUAACAUGUUCGCCCGCCGCGUCGUCCGCAACCUCUCCCGCAACGCCACCCGCGCCAUGAGCACGCAGGCCCCCGCCCUCGCCCAGAAGGCUUCGGCCCCCUGGAUCGUCGCCGCCGGUAUCACGGCUGCCACGGCCCUCGCCUUCUCGGCGCCGGCCCAGAACAAGGCCGCGCCCCGCGUCACGCCGUACACGGGCGUCGCCGGCACGAAGCACGAGCGCACGUUCAUCGCCAUCAAGCCGGAUGGCGUCGAGCGUGGCCUUAUCUCGGAGGUCAUUGGCCGCUUCGAGAAGAAGGGCUACAAGCUUGUCGCCAUGAAGCUCAUGACGGCCACGGAGGCCCGCGCCAGCGAGCACUACGCCGACUUGGCUGGUCGCCCGUUCUUCGGCGGCCUUGUCAAGUACUUUGCCUCGGGCCCCAUCGUCUGCAUGGUCUGGGAAGGCACGGAUGUCAUCUUGACGGGCCGCAAGAUCUUGGGCGCCACGAACCCCAACCAGGCUGCCCCUGGCACGCUCCGUGGCGACAACUGCAUCUCGACGGGCCGCAACCUUGUCCACGGCUCGGACGGCCCGGACUCGGCCAAGCACGAGAUCGGCAUGUGGUUCACGCAGGCCGAGAUCCAGGACUACACCCGCUCGAUCGACGAGUGGGUCGUCGCCGACAACUAAAUGCUCGUUCUAGCGUUUGGUAACUACACAUUCAACACUACAUUCUGUAAACCUACUGGGUCCACUUCUUUCCUAC